AUGCACCUGCCCACUGCCAUGCUCGGACUCUCCGUCCUUGCCACUUUGACUUCGGCACUGCCACCUCAGGGCGUUGCCACCGAAGAGAUUACCGACAGCUGGGUGCCCUUCAACAUCAGCGGCGUCACUGGCCUUGCUGCGCCCGGUAUCGUUCCUUCCGACCCAGCCAUUGCCUCGGAUCUGAACUUUCUCCAAUGCAACCCCAAGAACCCGGAUGAGUGGGCCAUCAUUUGCCUGAAGAAUGGCCACGGAUGCAAUAAGUGCAAGACCUCCGAUUACUGCAUCUGGCGCACCCGUGAGGAAGGCUGCCCCUGGCACUGGAUGGAGAUCGAUCUCUGGCGCGACGCCGUCGGCGACCACUGGUGCUACUGCAAACUCGUCAAGCCGCAGGGCGAGAACGAGCCGCUUCCCGAGAUCGAUCCGCCUGCAAAGGAGCAUGGGGUCAUUGAGAAUCCCGCUUCCGACUACGACACUGCCACUACCGACGUCCAGGUGCGACACGUUGAUGUGGGUGAUACGAGCGUCCCCGUAUACGCCUCUUUGGAUCAGGUACCAAAUGACGGAAAGGAAUGUGAUUGGGAUAACAAAAAUCAAUGGCUCAUCCUUUGCCUCAAAGAUGGCCACGGUGUUCGGUUCUGUCGUCUCACGCCGUACGUUGUAUGGCUCAGGUGGGACAGGGACACUUCCAUCUGCGAUUUUCACUGGGCAUUAGACGAGAAGAACGGCAACAAGCCAGGCGAUCCUUGGUGCUACUGCAGGCCCCACUAG